AUGGACGAUGAUGAGAUGGCGUUGUGUACGGUGACGCCGUCGAUUUUCGCCGAGUGCUUCAACGACACGAUUUCGACGCCCGGCACGUGCUAUGAGGAUUCGUGUUGUAUGUCGGUCGAGAUGGCGACGUCGUGGCACUACCGCCUCUCGCAGUCGCUUCACAUCGUCUUCAGCGUGGCCGGCAUUCUGACAGCGAUCGCCUAUUUGACGAAGUACUCUCGCAAGCACAUCCUUCCAUUCAACAUUCGAGUCCUCAUCACAAUCAUUCUCAUCCUCAUCAUCAUACAUUCAUUCGACAUGGCAAUUUUGCAUAUGCAUCACAUCCACAAGUCGUUCGACGCCGCCAACUUCCGAUCGCCAUGCUCGAUUCGCAAUCGCGUCGGCUUCUGCGCUCCAUUCCGCUACACCUACUCGUUCUGCAUUCUCACCCUGGCCAUCUGCCAGUACACCAUCUACGCCGAGCGCAUCGUCUCGAUCCUCUGGCGCCACUACCAACGCCACUAUCGCCGUCUGCUCGUCGGCCUUCUCGUCCACAUGUUCGCACUGUCGAUCGGCUUGAUCGUGUGGGUCUAUCGCAACGAGAAUUCCGACGCUUACCUUCUGUCGUGCCUCAACGUUCCGUUGGAGUCGAUGAUGGAUUUGACACUCGUCACCGCCAUCCUGUUUCCCAUCAACGUCUUCUGCUUGCUCCUGUCGAUUUUCUUGUUUCGGAGCUUCAGAAGCCAACAGAAAUUAAGUCGGUUCGACGUCAAAAAACACUUCAAAGCGUCGGUCGACGUCGAUUCGUGCGAAUUCCUGUGGCGAACGACGGCGACGCAGGCGAUCUUCAUCAUCGCCUAUCCGAUUCUCUCGAUCACUAUGCGCUAUUUCUACGAGUACACGCCGAGACCGAUUCACGUGACGUGGGCCACAAGUUCAUAUGUGUUCAGCGUCUACAGUUUCGCGGUGCCGUCGGUGAUGCUUCACUACGUGCGCAACUAUCAGCUGAAUCGUCGUGAGCGCAUCUGGAAUCACGUGAAGCUGAAAUCCGUCGGCGUCGAGGGCGCCGACAAUUACUUCAACAGUCUCAAAAAUCAAUGGGGCGGUUGA